UGGCGGCGGACGGGGCGGCGGCGGUGCCGUGAGGAAGGAAACGGCGCUGUCGGGCGGCCGAGCGGGCUGGGCGGCGGGGCUUCCGAUCGGGCGACCCAGCGAGCCAGCGGCGGCCGGGGAGGCAGCGAGAGCCGCCGGGGAGGCGGACGAGCCAUGGAGCGGGUGGGCCGGAGGCGGCGACGCCGGCACUGCUGAGGGCCCGCCGCUACCGCGCCGCCCCGCCCGCCCGCCCGCCGCCGCUGCUGCUGCUCCCUCAGGCAGGCGGCCGGGCCGGGCACAGGCAGAGAAGCUGCGAGCAGGCCUCGCGCGCUCGCCCUCGGGCCUCCCGCCGCCACGGAGAAGAGGCGGCCUCCGCCGCAGCGCCGGAAUAUAGCACUGCUUCCGGGACACCCUUCUGUUGGAUUUUAUCUAUGUCCAGCUAACUGCUGCUUUCAGCUAUGGAAUCGACAGUUGACGAUGAAGCGACGGCAGCAUAAAUGAAGGACAAGUAAGGAAGGCAGAACGAUGCCCAAGGGUGGGUGUUCUAAAACACCACAAUCGGACGAUUUCUCUCUCAGCAACAACAUGGUGGAGAAACAAACGGGGAAAAAGGAUAAAGAUAAAGUUUCUCUAACCAAGACUCCAAAAUUGGACCGGAGUGAUGGUGGCAAAGAAGUGAAGGAGAGAGCUACAAAAAGGAAAUUACCUUUCACUGUUGGAACAAAUGGAGAUCAAAAAGAUUCAGAUACAGAAAAGCAGGGUCCCGAGCGGAAGAGGAUCAAGAAGGAACCGGCAGCUCGCAAGCCCAGCCUGCUCUUCGGAAUGGGGCUUUCGGGGAUUCGGGCAGGCUACCCGCUCUCCGAGCGCCAGCAGGUGGCCCUCCUCAUGCAGAUGACAGCGGAAGAAUCUGCCAACAGUCCAGUGGAUACGACGCCAAAGCACCCCUCUCAGUCUGCAGUUUGUCCGAAGGGGACUCCUAAUUCUGCCUCCAAAACCAAAGAUAAAGUGAACAAGAGAAAUGAACGUGGAGAAACCCGGCUACAUCGGGCAGCCAUCCGGGGAGACGCCCGGCGGGUCAAAGAGCUGAUCAUCGAGGGCGCCGAUGUCAACGUGAAAGACUUUGCAGGCUGGACCGCUUUGCACGAGGCAUGCAACCGAGGUUACUACGAUGUUGCAAAGCAGCUGCUUGCGGCAGGAGCCGAGGUCAAUACCAAGGGUUUGGACGAUGACACUCCCCUGCACGAUGCAGCCAGCAAUGGACACUACAAGGUGGUGAAGUUGUUGUUACAUUACGGAGGAAACCCUCAGCAACUUAACAGGAGGGGAGAGACUCCAUUGAAAGUAGCCAAUUCCCCCACCAUGGUGAAUCUGCUCUUGGGAAAGGCCACCUAUCCUUCCAGUGAAGAAAGCUCCACAGAGACUUCGGAGGAAGAAGACGCUCCGUCGUUUGCGCCCUCCAGCUCCAUUGAUGGCAACAACACGGACUCGGAGUUUGAGAAGGGCCUGAAGCACAAGGGGAAGAACCCGGAGGCCCCCAAGGCGACCACCCCCGUGAAGGACGAGUACGAGUUCGACGAGGACGAUGAGCAGGACAGGGUCCCCCCAGUCGACGACAAGCAUCUGCUGAAGAAGGACUACAGGAAAGAGACUAAACCCAAUAACUUCAUUUCCAUUCCCAAGAUGGAAGUGAAAACCUACACUAAAAACAGCACAAUCGCACCAAAGAAAGCCGCUCAUCGCAUCCUUUCCGACACGUCUGACGAAGAAGACGGCGCCCUGGCGGUGGGAGGGGGGGAGAAGCUGCGGUUAACCACCCACCCCAGCCCCGGCAGCAACAAGGCUCGAGAACCCCCCAGCGCCAAGCAGCAGAAGGAGAAGAACAAAGUGAAGAAGAAACGCAAGAAGGAGGCCAAAGGCAAAGAAGUCCGGUUUGGCAAAAGAAACGACAAGUUUUGUUCCUCCGAAUCUGAGAGUGAAAACCUGGAGAGUGAGGAGGACGACCGAGACUCUGUACAAAGCCCCCCCACCUGCGCCAAGGACUCCAGGCUGGUGCUGAAGGAGUCCUCCCUCUUCAAUUCCCUCUCGGCUUCCUCGGCCUCCUCCCACGGCAGCCUGGCCUCCCAAAAGCAUAACUCGGCCCUCACAGAUCAGCACUCCAAGCAUUGGCGGACCGACAAUUGGAAAACGGUUUCUUCCCCGGCCUGGUCGGACGUCAGCUCCUUAUCCGAUUCCACCAGGACCAGGUUGACCAGCGAGUCAGAUUAUACGUCCGAGGACUCCAGCCUGGAGUCCCUGAAGCCUGUGCGGAAGAAACCGGAGCCCAAGAAGCGAGCUGCUGCAGUGGUGGUGGUGGAGAAGAAGAAUUCGUUCCACGGCAACAUCGACGGGGCGAUUCCAAAGCUGGACAAGGAGGGCAAGGUUGUAAAAAAGCAUAAGACGAAACACAAACACAAAAACAAGGAGAGGGGCCAGUGUCCUGCCAGCCAAGACAUUAAAAUAAUCAAAGCCUUUUCUUUUGAUUACGAGGACUCCAAGCAGAAACCCGAAAAGGCUUUGAUGGUAGAGACUGAGAGCCCCGUUGAAAACAAGCUCAAAGCACUAAAGCAUGAGAGGGAGCACUUCAAGAAAGAGGACAAAUUCCUGAGGACUAAAUCGGAGGAGAAGGAGUGGCUGAUUAAAGAGGAAGCGGGGAAAAAUUCUAAAGAGGAGAAAUCCUUGAAAAAAGCGAAGGAGGCGAGCAAAGACAUCGGCAAACCCUUCAGGGAAGAAAAGGCCGGCAGGCUGGAGAGGGAGAAGCCUACGAAGGAGAAAUCUCCCAAAGAGGAGAAGCCUCGGACGCACAAGGAGGACAGGAAGAAGAAGUCCAAGGACAAGCACUUCAAAGCCGAGAAGAAAAGCGAACCGAAGGAAGAAAAACCAGGCAGAAUCGAGAAAGAAAGACCGGCGAGAGAAGAGAAAGAAAAAUCCAAAAGGGACAAAAGUUACCGAGAAGAAGCGCCGUUCGAAGACUUCAGUAAUAAAAACCAGUUUUUGGAAAAUGAAGAUACAAAGUUCAGCCUUUCCGAUGACCAGCAAGAUCGAUGGUUUUCAGAUUUGUCAUCCGAUUCCUCUUUCGAUUUCAAAGGAGAGGAUAGCUGGGAUUCACCAGGGAGAGAUUUCAGAGAAAUAAAAAAUGACAGUGUGGCAAAAUUAAUAAUUGAAACAGUAAAGGAGGAAAUAAAAGACAAGAAACGCGAAAGCAAGACAAAGGACAAAAGAGACUACAGUGAAAAGCGUAAUGAAAAAGACACAUUUCUUAAAAAGAAAGAGAGAGAAUAUACUGAGCGGAAUUCUGAGAAGAAGAAGGACCAAACCGAGAAGCAUAAAAAUAUUCCCAAUUAUCUGCCCGAAAAGAAAAGAAAAGAUUCUGCUGAAAGUUUUAAAGAGAGAAAAGAAAAGGACGGCAGUGAAAUUAGAGAAAGAAGGGAAUUGCCUGAUAGCUCUAAAGAUAGAAAAGAGGUUAAAAUUAAGCAAGAAGACUCUUACAGGGAUGAGUUUAAAGGCUACGGCUGCGAAGCAUUUUUCAAAGAAAAACCUGACCCUGAUUUCGGCGGAAAAAAUACAGAAACCUGGGAAAGGCACCACUCGGGAAAGGAGAAAAAGGAUGCGCCAGAGAAGGACAAGAAAGAAAAAUCAAAAACAGAGAAGUACAAAGAAAAAUCCAAAAUGGACGAUAGGGAGAGAAACGAGAAGACGCCGUCCGAAAAGAACCCAAGGGACAAAGAACUGGAGAAAAGCUUUAAAGAGAAAAAGGACACAAAGGAGAAAUACAGAGAUCCACACAGCAAAGACAAAGAGAGGAAGACUUCCUCAGAUCAGGCGAAAGACAAGAAGGAGAAGAUCUUCUCUGGGGAUCGGGAGGACUUCCACGAGAAAAAGGAGGAGAAAAAAGCCAGAGAGCGGAGCUGGUACAACAUCCUCGACAUUUUCACCGACGAGAGCGAGGACGAAAAGGACGACUACCCUCUGACGGGGUUCAAACUGGGGGACGGCCUGGAAAAAGAAAUGCACCGGCUGCAGGACAGUCUGCCAGACCCAGAGGACAGUGCCCUGGCCGAGAGAGACCUUUAUGUCCCCGACAAGCAUCGGAAAUAUUCCUCGGACCGGCAGCCCCACUCCGGGGAGAAACCUAAAGAGAAGGACUCCAAAGAGAGAAGAAAGGAGAAGGGGCUGUCGGAGGGAGGGAAGGAGAAAAAAGACAAGAGCUCCCUCGAGAAACACAAGGAGAAGAAAGACAAAGACCGGAAAGAGCGAAUCUCGGUGGACUCUGGCCAGGAAAGGAGGACUAAGCAGAAACUCCUGGAGAAGGCAGACAAGAAGCAUGCGGGCGAAGAGAAGGCUAAAAGCAGACACAAGGAAAAGCUGGACAAGGAGUACAGCAAGGAGAAGCGUUCUUCCAAGAGUGGGGAGGCAGAGAAAAGCUUGCUGGAGAAGCUGGAGGAAGAAGCCCUCAAUGAAUACCGAGACGACUCCAACGACAAGAUCAGCGAGAUCUCCUCGGACAGCUUCACCGACCGGGCGCAGGACCCCGUGCUCAGCAGUCUCUUCGAGGCCUCCGGCCUUUCGCUCGCAGAACCCUCCGAGGAGAGGCUCAAGGAGUCGCUGCCCCUGCCUUGCCUGGUGGAGAAACUGAAGGAGAAGGAGAGGCACCGACACUCCUCCUCUUCGUCAAAGAAGAGCCAUGAAAAAGAGAAAGCAAAGAAAGAAAAAGCGGAGAAAAAAGACAAAGCGGAUGAACUGAAGGACUCCGGCAGCAGGAAAGAGGGCACCCAGUAUGAAAAGGAGUUUGCCCUGGAUGGGGACGGAUUCGGUGGUGCCUAUAGCACGAAAGCCGAGGCUGAAGAAGAAGUGGACAAAAACACGGAGUACUUGUUUUCCGAGAAGAAGGACAGGAACGAAUCCGAAAGAGAACUUCUCCCUAAGAAAACUGAAAAGGAGAAAACGUGCAGCUCCAACGCCUUCAGUGUAGCCAAAGAGAAAAAAAAGAGAGACCGGCACAAGGAGAAGUGGAAAGACGAGAGGGAGAAGCACAGAGACAAACACCCCGAUGGACUCUUUAAGCACCACAAGGAGGAGCAGAAGUUUGCCAAAGACAAGGAGGCGUCCCAAGUGAUCUGUCUCAAGGACAAAUCCAAGGAAGAGGCCUCCAAGCCGAACGACCUCAAAGCGAAGGAAAGGCUGAAGGAAAACCAGGAAAAGGAGAAAGCCGACUGUCUUAAGAUGAGCAACGGAAAUGAUAAAAUUGUCCUAUCCAAAGAGGGCGGUAAAAAAGAUGUCAGGCCCCGGGAAAAGCUUUUGGGCGAUGGGGACCUGAUGAUGACCAGCUUUGAGAGGAUGCUCAGCCAAAAAGAUAUUGAGAUUGAAGAGCGCCACAAAAGGCACAAAGAGAGAAUGAAGCAAAUGGAAAAGAUGAGGCAUCGAUCUGGGGACCCCAAAUUGAAAGACAAAGUCAAAGCCAACGAGGAGAUGCGCAAGAAGAGCCUGGAUUUGACGACCAAGAAACCACUCGCUCUCGACUCUCAGUUAAAAGACAAGAAACUCAAGGACCUCGGCCCACUAGCUCCCAUAGCCUCUCCCGAGAUCAAGGCCCAGCCUGCCGUGGGGCUGGAUUCCAAGGACUGGAUAGCUGGCCCCCAACUGAAGGAAAACCUACCUGCUUCUCCCAGGCCAGACCAGCACAGGCCGACGGGCGUUCCCACCCCGGCCUCAGUGGUUUCAUGCCCAAGCUACGAAGAGGUGAUGCAGACCCCACGGACUCCAUCGUGCAGCAACGAAGAUUACACGGAUGUGAUGUUCGACUGUGCCGACUCUCAGCAUUCCCUCCCCAUCUCCACUAUGUCCAUGAACGCCUGUUCCCCGUCUUUCUUCGACAGAUACUCAAAUCCUUCGAGUGGGUUUUCUGAGAACCCAAGUCAGACGCCAACGAGGCUCUUCCCCUCUACCAAUCUCCAUCGGUCUAUCUCUGUGGACAUUAGAAGGGCACCGGAAGAAGAAUUCAGCCUUGGAGAUAAAUUUUUUAGACAGCAGAGUGUCCCAGCCACUUCUAAUUAUGAUUCUCCGGUCCAGCCCCUAACGGAGGAGAAGCUGCCUCUUCCUUCUGUGCCUACUGAGAAGUUCCCGUGUUUAUCUCCGGAAUAUUAUUCACCGGACUAUGGAGUCCCAUCGCCCAAAGUGGAGGCUCUGCAUUGCACCUCCGGAACUGUUAGCAACGUUGUCCAGUCCCCCGAAAGUGUAUUUUCUGGGUUGCAGGCCAAGUCCUCCCCGUCUCACAGAGACGAGCUGCUGGCCCCGUCUGUAGAAAGCGCGCUCCCUCAAGAUCUGGACAUGCCUUUGGAUGCUACAGAGGACCAACAGGCAACGGCUGCCAUCCUGCCCCCAGAGACCAGCUUCUUGCCCCCGAUUGAGGAGAGCGAGUUUGACUCUGGCGUUCCAGAGCAGAGCAGCACGGAGUGGGAGCCCACACCAAAGAAACCUCCUCCAGUGCCACCCGAUUUAAUUGGCGACCCUCCUGAACAUCCUGUGAGCUGGUCGGUGGGGCCCGAGCUGCUUCUGAAGUCUCCCCAGCAUCGCCCCGAUUCCCCAAAGCCUUUCUGUCCCCUAGAUAUCGCGCUCCCCAGCGCGCCGGUGCCCUUCAUUCCUGCAGAGACGCUCUACCCUGGCUCCCCUCCCUCCUACCCCCUUUCGGUCAUUGAGCCAAGGCUCGAGAAAGCAAAAGAGGAGGCGGAAGAAACGGUCCCACCCGAAAUGGUGUCUGCAGAGCCACCAGCUCCGUGUGUGGAUCCCCCGGCCAGGUUGGAGGCCUUUUUCAGUCCCUGCAAGCCUGUCUCGGAAGACGCCUCGGACGCGGCUUUGCCACCAGCAGAGCCCCAAGUGGAAGCUGCGGAUGCCGUUGAGAAGAAUUUCUUAGAAAACAGCAGCAUCGCUCCCGUAAACCCAGAGGAACCGAUUACGUGGCCGGAUCCCUUCGCAAACUCUGAGGACGACUUGGACCUGGGGCCCUUCUCUCUGCCGGAGUUGCCGCUCCCAGUGAAAGACGUUCAAGAGAUGGAAAUGGUGGAGGCCGCCGAAGAAAGCCACCCUGCUGCGCCUUCCGAAGCCAUUGCUGCAGCCCUGCUGGACGUGGAGGUUCCUUUGGUGUCUGCAAAGGACCAGGAGGACCUGAGUCUCAACCCAGAAAGCCUCCCGCCUGGUGAGCCCGACCUGCAAGGGGAGGAAAAGAGGCCGGAGGAGGCUUCUGCCAAAGCUGGGCUGGAGAUCUGCAGCCCCCCAGAGCAGAAGACGGGAGAAGACGCGGAGGCCGCCCAGAAGGUCCAGGAUGCCGCACCGGCAGAUCUGGGGCAGUUGGAGCCUAAGGAGGUGGAGGCCGCUGUGGAGGAAGCCGCCUCUGCUGCUCUCGUGCCCAGCGAUGCUCCUCACGGCUGUUUUAGCCAAGCGGACGGGACGGAGAGCCCCGAAGUUCAGGAGGCUGCCAGGGGCACCAGCCAGGCUGCUGUUGCUGCUUCUCAGCCAGAGGUUCCCCAAGGGAACGUCCAGUCGGAAGCUGCAGAAUCGGCCCCCAAGCCGAUUCCCGAACCCCCAAAGGCUCCCAAAAUAGAAGAGAUCCCACAGCGGAUCACCAGGAACCGAGCCCAAAUGCUGGCCAAUCAAAACAAGCAGAACGCGGCCGCGGCGGCUGCUUCCGAAAAGGAGUUCCCCCCCGCUUCCGCUCCUUCCACCAGGGCCAAGGGGGGGCGCGUGGCUGAGGAGGAGGACGCCCAGGCGCAGCAUCCGCGGAAGCGGCGCUUCCAGCGUUCCAGCCAGCAGAUCCAGCAGCAGAUCAACACCAGCACCCAGCAGACCCGGGAGAUGAUCCAGCAGACCUUGGCCGCCAUCGUCGACACCAUCAAGCUGGAGGACAUUGAGCCAUACCACAGCGACCGGUCCAACCCUUACUUCGAGUACCUGCAGAUCCGGAAGAAGAUCGAGGAGAAGCGGAAAAUCCUGUGCUACAUCACCCCCCAAGCGCCCCAGUGCUACGCCGAGUACGUCACCUACACCGGCUCCUAUUUGCUGGACGGGAAGCCUUUGAGCAAGCUGCACAUUCCCGUGAUCGCCCCGCCCCCGUCCCUGGCCGAGCCCCUGAAGGAGCUCUUCAAGCAGCAGGAAGCCGUCCGGGGGAAGCUGCGGCUCCAGCACAGCAUCGAACGGGAGAAGCUGAUCGUCUCGUGUGAACAGGAGAUCCUGAGGGUUCAUUGCCGGGCAGCCAGGACGAUCGCCAAUCAGGCCGUGCCCUUCAGCGCCUGCACGAUGCUCCUGGACUCGGAGGUCUACAACAUGCCCCUCGAGAGCCAGGGAGACGAAAACAAAUCGGUCAGAGAUCGUUUCAAUGCUCGCCAGUUUAUCUCGUGGUUGCAGGACGUGGAUGACAAAUACGACCGGAUGAAGACGUGCCUGCUGAUGCGCCAGCAACACGAAGCCGCAGCCCUGAACGCAGUGCAGCGCAUGGAGUGGCAGCUGAAAGUGCAGGAGCUGGACCCAGCCGGGCACAAGUCGCUCUGCGUGAACGAGGUGCCCUCCUUCUACGUGCCCAUGGUGGACGUGAACGAUGACUUUGUGCUCUUGCCAGCAUGACAGGGCCCUGCCGGCGGACGUUUUCACUGCAAACUGGCGCAUGGGUGGGUGCCCACCCCCAACUCCCCUCUGCAGGAUGGGUGUAGGUGUUCACACACACACGCACACACACACACACGGACACACACACGGACACGACCGCUUGCUGAUGAAUCCCCUGUCAGCCGAGGAGGAGGAAGCAGAACAUCUGGGAGGAGACCAUGAGUGGCAGUUUCUUCGUGGAGCCCCAGGCGCCCCGGGAGCAGCGGAAGGAGAGGCGCAGCUCCUUCCCCACCAUCCUCCGCGGCAGGAGCAGCCUGGGCACAGCGGCAGGCUCAGCGCCGGUGGUUGGAAGAGACUGGAUGGGGGCCAGGGCACCCUCUCUCUCGGGAGGGGCGGGGAGCUGCAGCUGCCGCCAAGACUCGAAGCCGCCGCAACAGCCUUCGGCGCACUCGCAAUUUCUGCCGUUCGGAGCGCUUUGAUUCUUCCAUCGGCCUGUGGGUGGACCCGUCCCCCCGAGACCCUGCAGGGCUAAACUGUCAGGGGGCGUGGAAGAGACCGGCUGCCCCUUUGGUUCUUCUUGCAGCCGGGCAUCCAGAAGGCACCCAACUCCACUCGGGGGGCGGUGGAGAGUCUCCCCCCAACGGACCGGCAACGUGGGGCACCUUUUGAGCAACGGAGCCCGGGGAGGGAGCCCCCCCCACACACACAGAGACCAGAGGCGUAAGUGGUGCAGAGCGAGGACGGUGCAAUUCUGUUUUGAAGUGGAGUAAAAUCCAUGUGGUUUAUAUAUAUAUAUAUAUAAAUAUAUAUAUAUAUAAAUAUAUAUUUUCCUUUAACCUUGGGCAUUUUGUUUCUCUUUCUGAGACCAUAACUUGAAAAAAGAAAAAGAUAAAACACUACAAGAGCCAAUACUCCUAUAAAGAGAAAUUGUAUCCCUUAAAAGCUGUACAGUUUUAUAUACAUUAACAAUGUACUUUUUUGCUGCCUUCUAGAUAAUUUAUUUUGCAACACAUUACUGCACAGUUGUAAAUAACUUAUGUACUGUAACAUCACUUUCAGUCAUGUGUAAAGAAAUAAAUUAAUUAAUUAAAAUGAUCUUUGUAUGUAUAGUUCCCCCAGGCAGGAGCCCCCCCCCUUCCUCCUCCUUUCCAACCCGGGGGCCGGGCAGCUCCUCCUGCCCCCUGCAGCAGAGAGGCUGGCCGUGGGCUCCCCCUGCCCCCUGAGCUCAGCUGAACCCUGGCUGUUCUCUGGCUCCACAUCCCACCACAGGUUGAUCUCGAGAGAGCUCCGAGCUCCCCUUGGGGGCCCGAGGAACCGGCAGCUGCUCUAGGCACCUGUGGGCAGAGAGAGACCCUUCAUGGGGCAGGCUAGGCUGAAGGGGCCCCAAGUUGGCCCAACUUGGCCCAGUUCCAAGUUGUGGAUUGUCGAGUAGAAUUUGGUAACCAGGAAGUUCCGAGCCGAGUGUGCCGGGCUCAGCCCUCCCAUGAACGGCUGUCCGCUUGUGGGCAGAAGGAGCAGGGUGGCUCUUGAGAGCGCGAUGGGCCCACAGAGUCCCUGGGGCAGGCAAGGAGGGCAAAAUGGGGCCCUUCCUUCUUUCCCAAAGCUUUUGCCAGGAGGGCUGCUCUGGUUUCGUGGCCUGGGAAGACUCAGCUCUGUCGUUCACACCUAUAGAAACCUUUGGGGCUGGCUGCUUCUGGAUCUGGAUCUGGACUGGGUUGGCCACCUUGAGCCUUAGGGAAUUGCUGCCUAGCAAAGACUGGAGGACUCUCCUCCCCCCCCCCCCCAAAUG